UAUGGAAGAUAAUUAAUGUUUAGCUUCUCUCUUUGCUGACCUCUUAUAAAUAGUCAAACCUUAAUCUGCUGAUGCAUAACAGUUUAAAGAAGUCUCAAAUGAAAGAUUAAGAAAAUGUAUCCUUGAAUUAGUAAGAGAACUUAUAACUCUUAUUUAGAAUCUAAAGGAGCAGUUAGAAGAAUUCAUAGACAAUAAGUAUGAACAAGAGAUUCAAAGACUUGAAAAUACUAUUAGAUAACAUAUAAGAGUAGAAUAAUAAUAACGAUUGUAAAUAGAAGCACUUAUGUAAAAACUAGAAGAAGAAUAAUAGAAAUAUGAAGCAGAAGUCAAAAAUUAAAAUGAAAAAAUUAAGUAAUUAGAAAAUAUAUGUUCAUAAAUAUCAAUAAAUAAAGUCUAAAAUCUCAAUUAAACUAAUUUUAUAAUAGAUCCUAACAAAAAAUCACCAACAGCUUAUGAUAGAUUGAAUUAAUUAGUAAGUGCUAAAACUAAAUAAUAUACUUUAUCUGCAUCAACUAUCAAUACCUAAUAGUUAUUAAAAAUUUAUUCAAAUCCAUAAUAAUUACUUAAGAAAAUGUAAGAUUAGAAAAACAACGAAUAAAUCUAAAUUAGAGUUGAUACACAAUAAUCUGAAAAAGAACAGAGUUUAUUGAAACUUAGAAGAUGUGUUGAAGAAAAUAAAAGUGAAAUGUUUUCAUCCUAAAGAAUUGAAUCAACCAGUUUAGAAAAAUACAAUAGAAACUCAAAAAUUAUGAGAAAUUCUACUAGAUAAUCUUAACUUAUUGGAAACAGUUUUGAUCUUGUUUCCAAGACUAUGUAACAUUAUAAGAAAUAACAAAAAAGUUUAGGUACUCUUAGAUAAUCAUGGAAAAAAUGA